AUGGGCUUAUGGCGGGCGACAGCGUUUCUAUGGUGUGCUGCACGCCGCGGAACUCAUGGGUGCAAAUCGAGGCGGCUUACGUGCUCCUGCCGUCAAGGCGACAACGUCGGAGGGGAUUUCCAGUCUGGGUCGGGCGAUAUUUGUAAGUCGUGCGACAAGGCAUGCGACAGCACUGGCAGCAACGCGGGCUGCGACGUGGCGACAUGCGCGACGACGUGCGACAAUUCGUGCGACAAGGCAUGCAACAAGCACGCCCCUUUAGAGGUGAUCGAAAUCGGCCACGGGGAGGCUCGAGUGGGGCAGGUGUAUCCGGUGAAGCCGCUGCUCGCGUUCCUCGUCGUCAGCCCCGACCUCAAGUCCUCCUGGAAGAUCGUGGCCGUCGAUUCGUCGGAUCCGAUGGCUGCGACACUGCAGGAUUCGCGAAGUGGUUACCCGGUUUGGUUGGAGGCGAAGCUGCGCGAAAUCGUGGAGUGGCUGAAAUACUACAAGUGUAACACCGUGUGUAAGUGCAGCCUCCUCUCUGCACGAGCAAGAGAGCAAACGGCCUCCGCUGCUCUCACCAACGCCAUCUCUGAAUUCGCCCGCGUGCCCUUCGCCCAACCUGCCUCCGUGCCUGCCGCCGUUGCUGAUGGUGCUGCUGUUGCCGAGCCUGUGGGCCAGCAGGCUCGGAAGCAACGCCGUCCACGGGACGCAAGGGAUGAAGCAGCUGACGGCAGCAACACGUCAUCAGGUCUGACAGUGGGUGGCGGCGGUGGUGGUGAGAGGAGCGGCAGCACGAGAGGGGUGCUGAAAGCUGUGCUGAAGCUGUUUGGGAAGAGCCGGGGGAAAGACAAGAGAGAGGCACUCUCCGACCUCCCAUACUCAUCCAACAAUCACCACCAUGAGGAGGUUUACACUGACUUCACCGUGCCUCUCUCCGGCAACGCUGACAGCAGCACGGACGUGAUGUCGCGCUUCAAGCGUGCUCUUUCCGACAAAACAGAGCGAUCCCUGCCUCGUUCUGAGGACAACCUUCAUUCAAGCAGCAGCCCGAGUCUUCCCGGCGGCACCACGGACGUGUUAUCUCGCUUCAAGCGUGCUCUCUCCGACAGCGCCGAGCGACCCGGGCACGACUCACGAAACCACGACCCCCAUGCUGCUGCCUCGUCCUAUGCUGCCCCGUUUGAGCGCUCAGCACGCACUGCCCCUCCGCCUCCACAUGCAGAUGCAUAUGGGAAGUCGCCUCAAAAGUCACCCCAAAAUGUGCAGCAGGCGUCUUCUCCUGGCGCCCAGUCUUGUCGGCUUGAGGCGGGCAGUACAUCUGCGCUCAUGCGAAGGCAGCGAGCAAAAGCUGCUGCUGCCCUGGAAUCGGCUGAGAGGUGCAAGCAACCGCCUGCUGUUUCUGCUACUGAUGACUCGGGUGCUGCUGCUGCUGCUGCUGCUGCUGCUGCUGGCUCGGGUAGUGCUGCUGUGGGAGAGCAAUUGCUGCUGCAGCAGCAGGGACUGGAGCAGCAGCAGGAAGAGGUGGGCCAAGAGCCGCUGCUGCAGCUGAAGCUGCCUCUGAAGCUGCAAACGCGGUUGAAGCAGGCAUCACAAGGGCAGAAGUUGCGGCAAGCAGCAGAAGGGCAGGGCCUGAAAGAUAGGUUGCAGCAGGGGUUGCAGCAGGGGGCAGAAGGGGAGGAGGUGUGGCACGGGGGCUAUGAGGCAGUGAGAGCGUCGGCAGCAGCACAGCUGGCGCCCCUCAUUUGCCUCACCCCGCCCUGCCCUUCCCCUGUUGACAGCUCUCCUUCCCCAGUUGAUGCCUCUCAUUCACCCACUAAUGCCUCCCCUUCACCAAUUAACGCCUCCCGUCUCCCAGUUGAGGCCUCCCCAUCCCCAGUUACCACCUCGUUCUGGCCUCUUGGCAGCAAGAAGGCAGAGGAGGAGGGAUGUGCUCAGAUCCACCAUACGGCAGCGGCACGAGACAACUUGGCACGAGAAGAAAAUACGGUAUCAUGGAUAGACCUAAGCUACAACUUUUCGACUCAUCCUGGUGACUCACAGCACUCUGAAAUCGUACGCUCUUAUAUCGAGGAGCUUGUUGCUGGUUGUUCUGAUGGCACGGAGGAUGGCGGUGGUGGGUGUGCUUAUAACGAAGCCCUUGCUGAGUGUGUGUAUGGGGAUGAUCCCUCAUUGAAUGCUCCAAGGGAGAGCACUCUCAGUAUGGAAGAAGGGAGCAUGGGCAUUGGCUGUAGCAGGAGAGCACACAGGAGCAGCAGUGUGGACAGGAGCAUGGGGAGCGGCUAUGGCAGGAGGACAGACAGGAGCAGCAGCGUGGAAAGGAGCAUCCAAGACAUAGGCGGUCACUCUAUCUCUCCUGAAACUCAAAUCGGCAGGCGAUUGCGACACCGCAGAAGCGCCAGUGUCGCAUGUGAAGGCACCUUCGAACGCGCCCUUGAGCCGACCUUUGUCCCGACCCUGCGUCGCCGUGACAGUAUGGGGAGUGUGGGCAGUGUGGGCAGUGCAAGCUUGGUGUGUGAGCGAAUCCUGAGUGUGUGUGAUGUCUCGCCUGUUCCCAUCAUCCUCUCCUCCCACUUGGGGAUUGUGGGGCGGACUCGUCAUCGGUCCGCUUCUGCAGAGAGACUUGAUGUGUACUCUGCAGGCAGCGGUGAUGCAUAUUCAACAGCGGCAGGCGCAGAGGGAGAAGUGGCAGCAGAGGCAUGGUCUGGGACAUCAGUAGCAGUUACGGACUACUCUUCUGUUGUAGCAGGAGCAGCAGCAGCAGCAGCAGCAGGAGGAGCAGCAGGAGCAGCAGCAGGAGGAGCAGCAGGAGCAGCAGCAGGAGGAGCAGCAGGAGCAGCAGCAGCAGGAGCAGCAGGAGCAGCAGCAGCAGGAGCAGGGCGAACGACCACUACUGCUGCCCCCCAGUUGCCAAGGAGACCAGCAGCACCUCGCCUGGGUGCUUCUAGAAGGUUCUACCGCACCUCCAGCUGCCCUGAUGUUGAGAACAUGCCAUCCCCAGCUGUGCCUCAAGCUAUACCAGCAGCAGCAGCAGCAGCAGAAGAAGUAGCAGAAGGAGCAGCAGCAGCUAUAGAAGUGGCAGUAGCAGGAGAAGAAGCAGCAGCAAGAGAAACAGAAGCAGCAGAAGAAGGGGAGGGAGGUGAGGAGGGGCAGGAGUCGCUUGAGUCUCGCUUGAGGCGGUGGCAUGAGAGCAUGGGUGCUUCAUCUGCCUUCUCGCUGCCCCAUGAUUCCACACCCACCAGAGGCCUCUUUCUCCCCGGCCUGCCCCACUGGACCAAGCGGUCGCUCCCUCGCUCGCUGCGCAUCUCCCGCUCGCUGCUCUCCUUCCAAGAGCGCGCGCUGCUGGAGCACCGCCAGGAAACUGCUCUUCUGCAGGGGAUGACUGGCAAAGAAAAGUGGGAAAAUGAUGGAGAAGACGAGCUUUGGAGUGAGAGGAACGAGGAGAGCAACGAGGGGAUUCACGAUGCGAGCAAGGAGGUGAGGAACAAGAGGCGAGCGAGAAGGUGUGAGCGAGCCACCAGCGACGGAGUCUAUUCCGCGUCGAGAGAAUUCUGGCGGCCCCCCUCCACCCCCAAGCCUGUGAAGCAAGCCAAGGUGUGCCUCCCCAGGUACUCCCCCCCUGUGCCGCCCAUUGGGCUGGAGAAGCUGAUGGAGGGCGCAGCAGGGGGAGGCGGGACUGGGGCAGGUGGGACUGGUGGGUUUGCUGGGUUUGGUUUGUUUGGUGGGGGGGGUGGGGGAUGGGGGUUGGGGACGGGGUGGUGGGGUGCUGGAGAGGGCGCGGAAGGGGGAAAGGAGGGGAAGGAGCAGAUGGGAGAAGCGGGGUGGGCUGGGAUUGAAGGGUUGGCGGACGCAGCAUGGGGCAUGGUGUGGGGGGGAGGAGGGGGUGGAGGUGGGGAGGGGGCUAAAGAGGAGGAGCAAGGGGGCUUGGGUGAAGGUGUAGAAGUGGUCACGGGGGAGAAGGUAGAAGGGGGAGACGCAGUAACAGGAAAAGAAAAUGGGAUUACUGAAGGGGAGGAGGAAAACAUGGGAGGAGGCGGCGGUGCUGCUGGCGGUUACCCUAACGUCUGGGCUUUAACCGGGGGGUGGUACUGCGACCCAAAACACUGGCGUCGCAACACCGCGUUCGCUUUGGCCGGUAUCUUUGCCGUCUGCGUUCCGAUCGCGCUGACGUCAGCACGCCUAGAGCAACGACCAAUUGCUCCAAGCCGCGCCAUUCCCUCCCAGAUGUGGUGCUCCAAUUUUCCAGCUGAAUCUAAUCAAGCAGCGGAGGAGUGA